AUGGCCCCAAGGCGGCCCAAAGGAAAUGUCAGGUUGCGUUCCCAGACGCCUCGACAACUGCCUCACCGACAUCCAGAUCUCCCGGUCUUGGCCAGUGACAGCAUUGCAGCAGGCAAUGUGUGCAUCCGGAAGUAUUUGGAAGAGGGCCGGGACUGGCGAAAGCUUACGCCCCAGGAGGUGCUGAGACACUUCAUGGCCUGCAACUUGCCAGCGGUCUCGCUUAGGCGGCCGAAACGUGAAGUCUCUGGUCCUUUGAUUGCUGCAGCAGCCCCGCCUGCCUCGCGACGGCAGGGGCUGCUGGCAGCGGUGGCCACAGGAAUCUUGCAAGCCGUAGAUCAGGGAUUCUACUGGUCCAGAGAUCAGAAGUGUGAAGGCGUACGCAUUCCAAUGUCUCGUUUGGUACGGCUUCCCGCUGUAAAAGCCUCGAGGGAGGUGCACGGCGGUGCGGUUUGCACCGUUUCUGACUCCCUGGCAGUGGAUGUGUGUUUGGCGCAUGCUGAAGAAGAACGGAAAGUGGCCCUUGUGCGGAUCACCUCGAACUGGGCCUUCACCGUAAAGCAUCUGGAGAUGGAUCCCCUCUGGCUGAGAAGCAGCUACUUGAAGGCUCUGUUUGAGAUGGAAAGGCAGAUCCAUUCGCCACUUUCGACACUGGAGGAGGACGUGGCCGUCUACACCUCCGACGUCUCGUUGCUCCGUGGCCCCUUGGAGGAAGGGGCGCCGUGGCUGCCCCAGGCACAGAGGAUGGAUGUCAUUUGGCUCAACUUGCAGCGAAACCCUGAUGUCUCGGAGAAAGAUCACUACCUCAAAGAGGAGGAGAGAGUGCGAGUCAUGGAGAAGUUUCAGCAGUUGAUGAGCUUGGCAGAGCAGCAAGGUGUAUCUGUCUUGGUGCUACCUCCACCCAGAGAUGUUUGGCACCCCAGCGCAGCCCUGGGCGAAGUGCUGCGUGACGCAGCCAGGAACACAGGACUGCAAGAAGUCAUUGUUUGCAAAGAGAUGCCGGAGAAGUUUUUCGGCAGGUGGAAGGACUUCACUGAUGCUUUCAAAUAUGGAAUUCACGAGGUCAUCUAUGACAAGGACCUGGAAGAUCGACAGGCCGUUGUCGCGCGUUUGAAUCUCAAGUCCAGAAGUAGCCUGGAGGCCUUGGAGAGAUAUGUCAAGGCUCCUUGUACACCGAGGAUGGCAGCUUUCCCGCCAAAGGCAGAAACGUCGCCAAAGACAAAAUAA